AUGCUGGGAGGGGAUAGGCCCACGGUAGAGGAAGCUCCCGUGGAGAUGGAUGUGGAAUCUGUCAUGUCGGAUGGGGGCAGUGCUGACGACGCCCGCUCUCUAGCGGGAUGUUGGAGAAGAUUAUUAAAGAUGAAGAUUCUUCAAAUAAAUCUCCAGCACUCUAAGGCAGCUUCCGCCAACUUACUAAUCCACCUUGAGCAAGGUGGAGUCGACGUAGUCCUGAUCCAGGAGCCGUGGCUGAGCAGUAGCGGUAUCUCUGGAAUCAGGACGAAAAACUAUUUACUGAUGGUUCACAGUGGUGCAGGUAAACCAAGAUCCUGCAUACUCAUCAGAAAAGAACUAAAAGCAUUCAUUUUGCCUAAUUUCAGCAAUGAGGACAUUGUCUCUAUAAGCCUGGAGAGCACCACCGGGAGACUCUGGCUGAUCUCAGCCUAUAUGGCGCACGAUGACGAGGUGGAGCCACCUCCGUUGCUGCUAAGGGAGGCCCUAGCCGAGGCGAGGCGGAGGAAAAUCGACGUCAUUAUCGGAACCGAUACAAAUUCCUAUCACACUUGCUGGGGAAGUUCGGAUAUCAACUCAAGAGAAUCUGGUGGUUAA